AUGUUGCAAGAUAAGAUAAAGGAUGGACUUAUACCUUUUGAGUUAUACGAUCCAUUAUCAGGAAACUGUACAGUAACUGGUAGUAUGAAUAAUGCACGAUAUCGACAUACAGCUGUCGUACUGAAAAAUGGACAAGCAAGUGUUGAUAAUAUGAAAGAUGGACGAAUGUUUGCUGCAGUAAUUGUAUUACCAAAUGGAAAAGUUUUAAUUACUGGUGGAGAAGGUUUUCUCAGUAGUGCUGGAUUGUAUGAUCCAACAACUGGAAUCUGGACAUUGACUGGUACUAUGAAUACUGCACGAAUGUCACACACAUCAACUGUUUUACAAAAUGGAAAUGUUCUAGUUGCCGGAGGAUUUACUGCUACGAAUAGUGCUGAAGUAUAUACUCCAUUAAACAAAUUAAAAAACCAUUAA